AUGCAGCGACCAGUGACAGGAGGGUUUCCAGCACGACAGAUCUACUGGGAAAUGUUUACUGCUUGUGACAUGGUCUCUCAACUCAGCUGGAGUUCGACUACUGCAAAGCGAUGUGACGAGAUGCUCUCGGCGCAGGCGCAGCCUGCAUUUGGGAUUGCCAUUGGUUGCACUAGAGCCCGGAAGUACGUGGCAAAGCCCGGAUGCGGAGUAUCAUUGCUACCACGUAUUUCGAUCUGGCCUUCUGCGUGGAGCGAUGGCAGCAGAAGCAGUUGGACUCACUGCCAGCAUCAUCACCCUGGUGGAUGGGACAUAUCAGAGCAGCAGACGGCUGUACGAAUUCAUCGACGGCUUUCGGACCGCCUCGCAGACACUGAGCGAUCUCCAUGGAGAGAGCUAUCAACGGUUCAGUGGCUUCUGGAAGCUCUCAAGAAUAAGCUGAGGCGCAUAGACUACCAGACCUUGGCCGAGGGAAUGAGAAUAUGCUUGCAGGACUUCAAACCCUCCAUGGAAGCCUGUAGCAAAGCCUGCUAUGAGUUCAGAGGGAAGGUGGCACAUAUUACAUCCCAUUCGACAGAGGAUCAGAUCAGCUGGCGGGACAAGGCCCGGCUUCAGUUUGAGGAGAAAGGAAUCACGGCUUUCAAACACCGCAUCGGUAGCCACAAGUCAACUAUCAACAUUGCGCUGGGGCUGUUGACGUUCUUGUCUUCGGACCAAAAUCGGGAAACCCUCCAAGAGCUCCAAAACAAUAUCACUACCGCAAUGAGCGAGAUCUCAGGUCAAAUGGAGGGUUUAGAUAUUGGCAUCCAGUCACUGUCGAGCGCAGCCAUCUCCGGGCAUUACGGAGCGGUUGUCGACACCCUCGAGGCUAUGAAGUUAUUUGUCGUGCUCACUACCGGUAAAAGUGGUCUUGUCAGCAAGAUGAGUGCCCAUAACGAAGGCCGCCAAGCUCUAUUUGACAAGGUUCGCGAGGGUGGCGAGAGUGAGCUAGUGAAGGAAUUCUUUCGCGACUGA